GUUUGCUUGAGGGCUGAGUCAUGCACGUCGUACUCAAAUAAAGGCGGUGCAAACCAAGGUUGAUAUCCAUUAAUGCCAACACGUUAGGCAGUAGCGUCACAGAGUGACCAUGAUGAAGAUGCCAGCCGGCGUUCGUCGGUUCUUCUCCAACCGCCUGGUGCGCGUCGGUGGACCGUUCGUUGCCAUCCUUGUGACUGGGUCGUUCGCUCUGAAGGAGUUCUCCUCCAUCAGGUACACGUACCGGCGGCAGAGGCCAAUAGAGCCGGCCGAGGCCGAGAAGCUCGGAAUUCGCAUGAAGAGCCGCCAGGAGGUUCGGCUGGACCAGCAGUACCAGGAGGUGCAGCAGGCGGACAUUGACUCGUGGGAGAACAAGCGCGGCCCGCGGCCCUGGGAGGAGUCGGCGGCCAUGGACGAGCUGCGCAGCCGCCAGGCGGCCCGCGAGCAGGCGGCCCGGUGACCGGCCGCUGACCCCGCC